CCCAGACCUCAUCGACGGUGCUGCAUUUCAUUCCCUUCUUCAUGAUUGUCCGUUACAUAAACUACCUGGUUGCACUUUUCGUUUCUUAGUCUCUUUUGCACUUCCUAUGGAUACCCGAUAGAACCGACACUAUGUCGCGGCAAACAGAUUCCGGUGCAACGGGCGAAAGUCCCUCUCUCUUUUGGAGGUCGCUCUCGGCCACCACGAUAUUCAGCGUAGCGGGGUUGUGCCGGUCUUUCUUGUAUGGGUGCAGCUAUCCCGAAACCCAUGGCCUGGAGCAGUUCCUACAGCUGCUUGAGUCGAGAAAGGAUCCAUCGCAACGCAAGAAAGGGUUACUUACAGUAUCCAACCACAUUAGCGUGUACAAUGGAUGAUCCGCUAAUGUGGGGAUUUCUCCCCUUGAAAUACAACUUUGGGCUCUCAUCGUCAAAUAGAAGAUGGGGUCUUGCUAGUCAUGACAUCUGCUACCAGACCCGGUAUGGCUCAUGUUAACCUAUCGGUAACAAAUUGAUC